CUUUUCAGCUCCUUCACCUCUUCACAUCUCCAGGAUGGAGAGUUUCAUCAUUGAGCCGAUGACAAAACCACCGGCGACAGUAGCGCAUUGGCGUGAUGUCUCAGUGGUUGAAGAUGAGUGGUAAAACAAAGCAACGGACACCGUACCUACUUCAACGGCCUAUGGACUUUUUUUGUUGACUGAGAAUAGCAAACAGAUUGGACCCAUCAAGUAUUCGCGUCAGGGGCUGGAUGGUAUCACAGGGACUCCCAUGGCGCCUCCGCAACUCUACUCGACUUUGAGAUUUUGCGAUUCCACUUCCCCGGAGUGGCAAACAACGACAAACCCACCUCCCGGGCCCCCUACCGCUCGUGGAUCAGCAUUUUCAUAAGCGGUGUCGGGUUGGAGCGUCGUGGCCACCAGGGGGAGAAGGGCUCCAAAGGGGAACGAAAUGUAAACAUGCCCCUCUUGCUCCUUUUCAUCCUGUUUCUCAGUAUCUCGGGAUGACGCGCGUCUCGUCGUUUCUGGCGCUCUGAUCUCUGAAGCAGCUGAUCUAGCCUCUCUGUUAGCGAUUCUCAAUAAGACUGGUAGGCUGUCUUUAACAGCCCCAGUAACAUUUGGUCUUGGCUGUAAUUCCUCAGCUCCCUAUUUCCCACUGACGGCAGUAGCCAGCCAACCUUGGCUCAAUGAUACCGAUAAGGUCCCCUGCGUCCGCUUCGCAACUCCCGACUCUUCUCACUCUUUGCUUUGGGACCCUGUCAAUCCUCUUUUAGCCUCUCGCGCAGCGUUCUGUUUUUCUUGGUUUGAGCUUGUUUCAACUCUCGAGGGCUGUCCAGGAGCCUCCUGCUGUGUUUCCAGCGUCUUUCGGCCGUUUCGCGACUCUCAGAAAAUGGUCUCUGCUGCCCGGUCAGUGUCGCCGGCGGCUGCCGAAUUAGUGCCGCCCUCAAAUGGAAACUACCACCACCGCCGCAGCUACGAACCCGAAGACGACGACGAUGUCGAUUCGUACAAUGCUGUAGACCGUAGCUCACACAGUCCGUCAACAGCAAGUGUCGAACUCGUUGCGCGAGGGCGAUCAUCCCGCUCUCUAUCCACAUCGACAACCGCGAGUAAGGGGAGCUUUCGUUCCAAGAUGCCCUCAUGGGUGACAAACAUGGGACGACGGACGCUGGGAAUCGUACUGCUCCUGGUUGUGGUAUUCCUAUGGACGGUAUCCAACUUCCUCGCCAGCGUCAUGUUCGCCGAUGGCUCCUACAACAAGCCUUUCUUCCUCCUCUACGUCAACAUCUCCAUGUUCGCCCUCGCCCUUAUACCUAUGGGGAUUCGACAUGUUAUGCAGUAUGGGUGGCCGGCAUCAAAACGACAGCUGGUAGAGGCUUGGUACGAAAUACGACAGGGCAGGUCAUACCAAAAGGUCGCCAUGGUCGACGACGAAGACGCGAGGGCAGGCGAGAGCCUUUUGAUCGACGACACCGGCAGCCUCAAAUCCAACAAAUGUGAGCAGCUCAGUUUGGCCGAGACCUUUUGGCUCAGCCUCGAGUUCAGCAUGCUCUGGUUUGCGGCCAACUACUUUGCGUCGGCAUGUCUCGAGUACACCAGUGUCGGCAGCGUGACUAUUUUGUCAUCAACGAGCAGUAUCUGGACUUUGAUCUUCUGCGCGCUGGCCGGCGUGGAGGGUUUCACGGUACGGAAACUUUUGGGAGUGCUGGCGUCGCUGGCCGGCGUGGUGCUCAUCUCGUCGUUGGACAUGAGCGGCGCGAGUGACGAGAUGCGAGGAGACUUCCCGGAGAAGUCGAGAACGGAGAUUGCGAUUGGCGAUGCCAUGGCCUUUUUCAGUGCCAUUGUGUAUGGCGUUUAUGUGACAGUGAUGAAGAAGCGGGCCGUUGAUGAGGAUCGUAUGAACAUGACGCUGUUCUUUGGAAUCGUAGGGGUACUUAAUCUGGUAUUUCUUUGGCCACUAUUCAUCAUCCUGCAUGUCACAGGAAUCGAAACUUUCGAACUACCGCCAAACGGCACGACUUGGGCCAUUAUCUGGAUCAAUACCAUCUCUUCGUUCUUCAGCGAUAUCAUUUGGGCAUACGCCAUGCUCCUUACCACACCACUUGUCGUUACCGUCGGCCUGUCUCUUACAAUACCACUAUCGCUUAUUGGCGAGAUGAUCCAAUACCACCAAUACUCCAGCUGGAUUUAUUGGGUCGGAGCUGGUAUUGUGGUCUUCUCCUUUGUGUUUGUGAACAACGAAAGCCACGAGGAAGGCAAUGGUAAUGGAGAAUGCAAAGCGAACGAUAAGGAGCAGCCGACAACAACUGAGGUGAGGAACGUUGUGGGAGGGUCGAGCUCUUCCGACGCAGCUAUCGCUGUCUAAUAUGUCGGAAGAUUUCGCGGAUGACUUCUUGUGCAGAGCGUGGAAUCUUUUGGAUAUUGCAUAUAGUGAUGCGGGCGUUCUUAUUUUUUUGGGCAUGGCAUCUUGGCUAUUUCUCCUUACAUUUUACAAGCUUUUGGAAGAGCCGGACACGACCUGAAAGUGUCGUAUACAUAUUCAAUUGCCUAUAAUCACAAGCCUCGACAUAAUGAUAGAGAUGGCACAUGCCUGGUUCUUGUCCCAUCGGCGAGGCGCAGUUCAUGGACACUAUCAUGGACCCAUCCUUCCUUCCCUUUCUCUUUUGCCAUGAUGGCCCGACAGCUAUUGACACU